AUGGCAGCCCUCGGCCGACUCGCCAACAAGACCGCCAUCAUAACAGGCGCAGCAUCAGGCAUCGGUCGUGCCAUAGCUUUCGCAUACCACAAAGAAGGCGCAAAAGUAGUAUGUGCUGACCUUCGCGAGAAGACAAAGUAUACCGGUAGCCGAGAGGAAGAACGAACGACUCACGAUAGUAUCCGUGAUAUGGGCGGGAAAGCGAUCUUCCAGGAAGUCGACGUGUGUAAGCCGGCUUCGGUGCAGAAAUUGGUGGAGGCAGCUGUAAAGGAGUAUGGUCGGUUGGAUGUGAUGGUCAACAACGCCGGCGUAUCGCUCGAAGCACACGCAGGCUUCAAGCCAGUCUGGGAGCUCGACGAAGACAUCUGGCAAGGAACACAAGACGUCAACUCCACCGGCGUCUUCCUUGGAGUCAAAUAUGCCGUGCAGCAAAUGCUGAAGCAGCAAGCCCACGCAAGCGGCGACAGAGGCUGGAUCAUCAACACGUCCUCCAUCCUAGGCUAUGUCGGUGCAGAACAUACUGCGGCAUAUUGUGCUUCGAAGGGAGCUGUGUUGAACUUCACGCGAGCCGCGGCUUUAGAUUGCGCUCCGCAUCGUAUCCACGUUAAUGGGGUUGCGCCAGGGUAUACUGAGAGCUCGAUGACGGGACCGAUCUGGAGAGAUGAGAAGGCGUAUAGGGAGAAGCUGGCGAUGCAUCCUUUUGGUGGAAGACUUGGUCAGCCGGAUGAUCUUGCGAAAGCAUGCGUGUUUCUGGCAAGCGAAGAUGCCCAGUGGGUGACGGGACAUACGUUGCCGGUCGAAGGAGGGUAUCUGGCAAAAUGA